AUGGGCUCAGACCCCACGGAGCUACGGCUGGUGAACAGCAUGAAUUGCUGCGCUGGGUGCCUCGAGGUGCUUCACGACCAGCAGCGGGUGUCCGUGUGCAACAAUGGAUGGGACAUGGAGGAUGCUGCAGUGGUCUGCCAGCAGCUGGGCUGCAGGGUGGCUGC